GUUAUACAAGGAAUCAGUCAUAAUCCCGUCUUUGUCCGAAUCAAGAAUAUACGUAGCCCUCCUCCUCUCAACUCUACUCACUCUUCAUCUCACUAUCAUGGCAGUGAAAUAUAUCAAUACUUUAUAACACUACCACCACUACUAUAUUAUUAUUUCCCUCUUUUAGUUGACCAGCUCGACGGCGACCGUUUUCACCAGUCAUCACGCCGCUGGCGGUGGCGGUUGGCCAGAAUCUUCCACCUCAUUCUUUAUAGCGUAAUUAUUAUUAUCAUGCGGUGAAACUGACCCCACCAAACCCAUUUGAUGUUCAUUAAUUUCUAUUUACUUUGCUGAAUGUAAAAUGGAAAAAGGAGAAACCCAAAAAAACAAGUCAAAAGAGACUUGUUCCUUUCAUAUUAAAAGAGCCGCCUUUCUUUGCCUUUUCAUUUUAGAAUUUUUUUUUUGGCUAGGCAUUUGUGAUUGUAAUUUGUAGUGGUGGAAUUGAAUUGACUUUUCUGCCUCUCUCCUCUGUCUAUCUCUCUUUCGCCGUGAUUAUUUGCUUUGCUUUGCUUUUUGCAUUUUAGAGAAACAAAAAAGGAGAUACUAUUUUUUAAAAAAACUUAGACAGACAAAGGAGAAGGAGAAAGGAGAAAGAAGGGGAUGAGAGAGAGUUAUGGGGUCCCACAGCUUCCGCACAGGACUUCGGAUCCGGUCAUCGGAGAUGCUGUCUCCGAUGAUGGGAUAGAUCGGCUUAGGACUUAUCAAGUCUGGAAAGGAAGCAAUAUAUUUUUCCUUAAAGGGAGGCUUAUAUUUGGACCUGAUGCAAGAUCCCUUCUGCUAACCAUAUUUCUUAUUGUUGCCCCAGUUAUUGUUUUCUGUGUCUUUGUUGCCAGAAAGCUGAUAGAUGAUUUUCCUCAUCACUCAGGAAUAUCAAUACCAGUCAUUGUUGUCGUCCUCACAAUAAUAGAUUUAAUCCUUCUUCUCCUAACCUCUGGAAGAGAUCCCGGUAUAAUACCGCGUAAUGCUCAGCCUCCAGAGCCAGAAGGUUAUGAAGGACAGGCUGAAGUUACAAAUGGCCAAACUCCACCGUUUCGUUUGCCACGCACAAAGGAUGUAAUGGUCAAUGGAAUAAUUAUGAAGACCAAGUACUGUGAUACAUGUAUGCUUUAUAGGCCUCCACGCUGUUCUCACUGUUCAAUAUGCAAUAACUGUGUGGAAAGAUUUGAUCAUCAUUGCCCUUGGGUUGGUCAAUGCAUUGGAUUGCGGAAUUAUCGGUUCUUCUUCAUGUUUGUCUUCUUCGCGACUAUUCUUUGCUUAUAUGUACAUGGAUUUUGCUGGGUUUACAUCAAGAGGAUCAUGAACAGUGAGGAGACGACAAUUUGGAAAGCAAUGGCUAAGACUCCUGCCUCCAUCGUGCUAGUAAUUUACACCUUUAUUUCAGUUUGGUUUGUUGGUGGCCUUAGCAUGUUUCAUUUGUAUCUCAUCAGUAGAAACCAGUCUACUUAUGAAAAUUUUAGAUACCGUUAUGACGGACUAGCAAACCCAUUCAAUAGAGGAAUAUUUGAGAAUUUCAUGGAGAUUUUCUGCUCUAGAAUUCCUCCAUCUAAAAACAAUUUCAGGGCACAAGUUCAGAAGGAGCCUGAAAUCCCACAUAGAAUGGUGAGUGGUUUUGUCAGUACAAACAUAGAAAAAUCUGUAGGUGACAUAGAGAUGGGAAGAAAGCCUGUAUGGGAUGACGCAGCAAGAGAGGUAGAUAGCUAUGGCAGAGCAGUCCGUAACGAUGACAGUUUGGAUGAGGAUGGAGCAUUGACUGAUAUUUCUCCGGAUUUAAGCAGGAUCCUUCCCCCGCAGGGCCUGGAAGGGCGUAGUGUUUUACACUCCAGGCGCUCUAGUUUGGGAAGAAGAAGUGGAAGCUGGGAAAUAUCACCUGAUGUUCUUGCUUUGGCAGCUGGAGUUGGAGAAUCAAAGCGACUCGGUGGUGGCAACUUCACAUCAGAAACUCAACAAUCCCAAACAAAUACCAAGAUGUAAAGUAAAGAGGAAAAAACAAUUACUAAAACCAUGUCAAAAAAAAACAAAGAUUAAAACGGAAAAAAAAAACAAAAAAGUAAAAAAAGGGAACCUGUUUGGAUUUGCAUUGAUUGAACGGUAAUGCUCCUGGGUAGUCAAUCCCCUUGCAUUAUUAUUCUGUGUCCCUUUGUAUGUAAGAUUCUGCUUUCUUGGGUGUGAGCUUUAGGCUGUUGUAAAAUUCUUCCAAAAUGGAAACUGUACCCUGGGAGCCUUUUCCCCUACCAUUUCCGUGUGCCUGCUUGUGAGCUGAAGCUCAGUCUGCAUUUUUUAGCCAAUAUUAUUUUAUUCCAGCA